AUGGCGAAGCAGAAGAAGCCGAUUCGUAGGCCUGAUAUUCAAUCCGCUGAUCGAACUGAGCGGUUAUCUCCUCUGGUACAAGUGAAGGAAGUUCAUUGUUCUGAGGGAGAUGGGUUCGUUGGACAAGAGUCUAUCAAUCUUGAGGACCUAGAGGUGCCUGGGUUAGGGGUUUUGCAGGUGGAUGAUUUGGAUCGACAGAGUUUGAAGGCCCCGCAUGUUGAGGCUGUGGAAGAUGGUUUGGGUGCGGAUAUGAGAAAUGCUUCUUGGGCGGAUAGGAGUGAAGGAGAGGAUAAAGUCACAGAAGGGGACUUUCAGUCCGAGGCUCAACAUCAAUGGCAACAAUUUAGAUCAACUAAGCUUUCCUUUUCUGAACCGAAGCUUGAGUUUACUGAACCUCUGUUUAGAAAUGGGCAGAAGUUGGAUAAAGUUGAUAUUGAAGAGGUGAAAAUUCAGUCUGCAAAUUGGAGUUCGGUUGUUGUGUGCAUGGUGCUUGGAGCAAAUCCUCCUAUGGCAGUGUUUGAAGGCUUUAUAAAAAGAGUUUGGGGCCAUCUUGGGAUUGCCCAAAUCUCUAGAAUGACGUUGGGGCUAACUUUGGUAAAAUUCAAUGAUGAAGCAACUAGAGAUCAUGUUAUGGAGAAUGGAGUGCUUCAAUUUGAUAGGAAGUCUGUCAUCAUUAGGCCGUGGACAGCAGACCUUAGUGCUAUUCGUCUCAUAUGUUCUGUCCUGCUUUGGAUUCGACUACAUGACCUUGGACUUCAAUAUUGGGGUAGCAAAUGUAUCAGUGCUUUGGUGAGUACUAUAGGCAAACCUCUUCUAGUAGAUAAGUUUACUAGGGAGCGAUCUCGAAUUCAGUUUGCGAGGGUUCUAGUGGAGAUGGAGAUUACUAAUACUCCUCCUCGAAGUUUUCAGUUUAUUAAGGAACAUGGCCAGAUUUUGGAACAAGGAGUAGAAUAUGAGUGGCUUCCUACUAAAUGCAAGAGUUGUUCAGGGUUUGGGCACUCUAUGGUAGACUGUCAUAAGGAGAAGAAGACUAUUUGGGUGAAAAAAGAAGCUAGUUCUAAAGCUGAAGUCCCAAUGGAACAGUCAAAAGUUUCUAUGGGGCUAAAUGAAGAGGAAUUAGGGGAGCAAGCUGGUGUGUCUGAAGUAGUGGAUCAUACUGAUCCGAUUGUUAGUGCAGCUGCAUUUUCAGGGGAGGACAACUCUGGUCAGAUAAGGGAGCCAAGUAAGGAUGAAGUUUGGCAAACUCCUAGGCGUGUUGCUAUUCAGAGUAGGCAGGGUCCUUUUACUGGUGGCACUUCUAAUCAGGCUGUUCAGACUCAAAGCAGACUAAUCAAUUUGUUGUUCUUUAGGAACAGGUACAUGGUGGUAAGGUUGGGUUUCUUGGAGGUAGUUUUCCUAAUGGAUAAGUGUAAUAUUCUGAGCUGGAACCUAAGAGGGCUGAAUAGUAUAAAUAAACAAAUUUCAGUCCAAGAUGUUUGUAGAAGGAAUAAGAUUGGUAUUGGUGGUUUGUUGGAAACUAAAAUGAGGGGGAAUAAAAUUGGUGAGUUCAUGGAGCAUAAACUUCCUAAUUGGGAGUUUUAUUCUAGUCCGAAAAUUGAGGGUAGACUCUUGAUUAUUUGGAGGAAGGGGAUAGUGCGAAUGUCUGUCUUGGAGGAGUCUCCUCAGACGGUUCACUGUCAGGUUAACUUGGUAGGCCAGAGGGGUAUGUUUUACGUUACCUUUGUCUAUGGUUAUAACGUGCUAGAGAAUAGAAGAAGCUUAUGGCAUGAUCUAACUCGUAUUUCGCUUUUAGUUAAAGCUUGGAUAGUUUUAGGGGAUUUUAAUGCCCCUUUUUCUGGUUUGGAUCGGUCUGGAGGUAAACCUAUAUCAGGUGUGGAGUUGACUGAUCCUGUAGGUUGGCUAGCUGAAGCUAAAAUGGAGGCUAUGAAAAGUAGUGGUUCGUAUUUUACUUGGACUAAUAACCAGGAUGGCUCAGCUAGGAUCUACUCAAAGAUAGAUCAUGUGUUCAUGAAUGAGGAUUGGUUGGACAUGUUUCCUCAAUCUUUGGCUGUUUUCAGUUGGGAGGUGGUCUCAGAUCAUUGCUCUUGUGUGGUGUCUAAUAUUCCUAUGGAGGCUAUGGGAAUCAAACUUUUCAGAUUUUUUAAUUUUUGGACUGGCCAUUCAUCUUUUAAACAGGUUGUUUUGAGUAGUUGGAGGGUCCCUAUAAGAGCUUCUGGUCUUAGAGCAAUCUAUCUUAGGCUUGUGAGGUUGAAGCAUCGUCUUAAGAAGUUCAACAGGGACUAUAUUGGUGAUGUUGGGUUUAACUAUCAGUCGGCUAUGGGGGCUUAUCAAGAUGCUCAAUUUCAAGCCCAAGUGAAUCCUUUUGAUAUCAGGUUACAAUAG